AUGUCCUCCACUUCCUCCUCCCCUCUGCGCGCCGUCUACACCGCCCCUCAAUCGACGCACACAUUCGAGCACCGCCUCACCUCGUCUCCCUCGCAGGACGUGCAAGCCAAAGUGACGUAUCUCUCCGAGCUGCGCAAGCUCGUGCCGACGCUUCAGAACGACAUCAACGUCUUCCUGACCGAGCGCAUGGAAGAAGACAAGAAACUGGCGGAGGCGCAGGGCCAGAAAAUUUCGGCCAAGGAAGCCCAGGAGGAAGAGAACUACGGAGAAGAGGUGGUUGAGGAGGAUGAAUGA